CUGACGUCGGUCUGCUCCUCAAAAGCAUAGCAUACAUGUACUUUGCUGCUGAUCAUUGCAGUGACCGAGUCGAGAGCUGCGAGGUUUAGACUCGGAAAAUUGCACCUUCAAUUGAUGACGGGAAUAACCUCAGUGCUGGCUGGUCGUGCAGCCGUGCUCGCCAUUCAUGUUCUGCACACUAUGUUUUCCCCAAAGUCAGCCCCGAAACUGCCAUACAACGAUAAUGGUGCUGCAACCAUGCAUACGUCCGGCCAGCCACACCAGCAGUCUCCUGUCCAUUGUAAAACAUUGCUUCAAGGCCAUUUCUGAUUGAGCUGUACGAUGGCAGAUGGUCAACU